AUGCCCCCUUCCAAAUGGAUGACUUCCUAUGAUCGAGCCGUUAAAAAGGCUACAAAGAUCAAAUUAGCUGCUCCGAAAAGCAAACAUGUGGAAUUGAUUUUGCAAGCUACAUUUGAAGAUCCUGAUACACUAGAUACAGUCAUUCAGGAUCUUUGUGAACGAUUGAAAGAUUCUUCAUGGACUAUCGUUUACAAAUCGCUAAUUGUAUUUCAUCUUAUGUUAAAAGAUGGCUCCCCUGGCACUACGAUUGUGGCUCUGUCCCAGCGUCCUCGUAUUCUAGAAGUGGUGCGAGCAUCCUCCUUAACAACCCAAGGUCAAAAUAUUUAUAAUUAUAGCAGAUUCCUAAGUGAAAGAGUAAAGCAAUAUGGCCGUUUGGGUUUUGAUUACGCUCAAGCGGGCGACGCAACCAAGAAAAAACUCAAACAAUUGACUGUCGAUAAAGGUCUCAUGCGCCAUAUAGAUGGCAUUCAGUCGCAGCUUAAAAGACUCUUAAAAUGUCAGUUCCUUGUGGAUGAAAUUGAUAACGAUAUUACCGUGACCUCUUUCCGACUACUUGUUGGUGAUUUAUUAGUGCUCUUCAAAGCCAUCAACAUUGGCGUGAUUAAAUUGCUAGAGCAUUAUUUUGAAAUGAGUCAUACUGAUGCAGAGCAAUCCCUUCGUAUAUACAAAAUGUUUGUCCGGCAGACCGAGGAUGUUAUAAACUUUUUGAGCACAGCUCGUUCCUUGGAAUUCGUCACCAAAUUUCCCGUUCCAAACAUAAAGCAUGCCCCUAUUAGUUUAACAUCCUCCCUGGAAGAAUACCUACAUGACCCCGAUUUUGAACAAAAUCGUAACCAAUAUUUGAACAAAAAGACAAACCCAAAUAAGUCUCGAGGUAUUUUAGAUCUAUCCGAGACGUCUACGGAAGUACCGCAAGAAGGCAAAAAGGUGGAACCCUCGCUUCCAAAGGAUAAUACUUCAUCUUUUGUGGAUGAAAUGUUACAAGAGGGAAACAAUCUUCCCUUAAAUUUAAAACAACCUUUUCUUUCUUUUAACCCGCCAAAUAACUCAUUUACUCCGCAACAAUCUGCGCCAAAUCCAUUGAAUCCUUUCCUUAAUGCCUCUGCACCAUAUCAGUUACAACAAGCCCAAGCUGCUCCCAUGGCGGUUCCCCAAAUGACAGGAAAUCCUUAUGCUCAAAUGCCAUACAGUCCCCAAACGAAUCCCUAUAACCAAAAUUUAUCCCUUGCUCCUCCGAUGCAAACUGGGCAUGCUCCUUCACCAGUUACAAGUCCCUUCAAUCCUCCAAAUAGAGCACAGUCUGUAAACAUUGAUUAUAGAAAUCCUUUCCAAAACUAUAUGAAUCUCAACCCACUUCAAUCCCAAUCGACGGGGUUUCAAUCGCCUUCUAUGACUCCUGGAGCCUUACAGAAUCCCCCAUCCUACUUUAAUACUGAAACUCCACUAUCAUUUCCUGGAGCACCGAAGGGGGUACCAAUGGAUAGGCCAACACCUAUCAGCGUUUACAAUACGAAUGCGAAUUACAAUCCACAACCCCUAAGCCAGCAGAACACAAUGAACUAUCCCAACUACUCAUCUCCUGCUCCCCUUAAUGUCUCAAAAAAUCCUUUUGCGGUCAAACAGUCCCAAGAGACUCAAAAGAUAGCACAGAGUUCAAUGACCGGCGAGUCAAAAAAUCCAUUCCGAAUAUAG